AUGGUAGGAGAUCAUGCUAGAUAUGUGCAUGUGGAUCAUUUAAGAAAAUGUCAUAUAAAUAAUGAAAUUGAGUCUUCUGAAGAAACUCACAUUCCAAUUUUAUACAAACCAUUAAAUGUUCCACCUGAACAAGCAAAUUUAAAUUUAAGUUCAGAUGUGUCAGAAAUUCCAAAUAUGUCAAACCCCCCGAUUGUGUCAGUGCAAACCUCGAAUUGUGAUGAAAAAAAUAGUGCGACGAAACUGAAAAUAAAUACGAGCUCAGAAAAAAUGUCUUCUCCUCCUAGACAAGAUGAUAGUGAAUUUUCAGCAUUGCGAAGAUCAAACCGAGAAAUUAAAAAGCCAGCUAAAUAUUUAGAAUAG